AUGGAGAAGCAAGAACUUCGUGAUGACCCAGGGACAAAGCCAGACAAGAUCUCCUUCCAUUCGGUGUAUGCAUCGUCCCAAUUAGAGAAUUUCUGGGAUGGAACGAGCGACGAGGUGAAGAGAAUCGUCGGAAGUGCCGCCGACGUUCAAAAAAGCGACUUCUUGACGGACGAAGUUCUACGAAAGCUGUCGAGGAAGGAGAAGGAUUACCUGAACGGAUCGUCAGCCGAUGAACUCGAAACGGUCCUACAGACGUACUUCCAUCGUGCGACCGAACGGCAAACGGCACUUAAGACAAGUCAAAGAAAGGCCCAUCGAGCGGAGCGUAGGACCUUUGAGUUCUUGGAUAAUUUCCACAACUACGCUGAAGCUUAUUCCGGAGUCAUCCAGAUUAUGAAUGCCGCCCCAGGCGGAGGAUACGGUGAUGCCGCAUACGGUGCGCUGUCGCUCUUCUUAGUGGUCGCAGUGAACAAAGUGAAAACCGAAGAGCUCAUUGACCAAAUGAUGCAGACCCUUCAUCAACAGUAUUGCAGGAUCAAAAUGGUGAAGGACGUCUACAAUACCGACCGCAUGAAGCAACACGUAGCAGUAGUGUACCGACUAGGAAUUGAAUUUCUCUAUACCGCCGUUCGGUACUACUCGAAAAGUACCUUCCGUAGAUGGUGGCAUGUCGUGGCACAGCCACCGAGCAUGCAACUGACGAACAAAAUCUCGGAGAUUCAAGCCGCUGUUGAGGAGAUGAGGAAAGAAAUGGAGGUUCUCGAUGGUAUCAGACUGGGAAACAUCGAGACGAAACUUGAAGAAACGGCUGCACAGCUUGAUAGGACGGCAAAACAUGUACAAGCUUUGCGAACGCAAGUGGAUGACGAACGGCUAGAACAACUGCAACAAUUAUUAGGAGUUGCACAGAACGAUGUGGAUCCUGCCCUUCAGGUUUACGCUGAUAUCUUGCGGCAAAGGUUCGACAUGCGGAAAUGGCCCCCGUUCGACGUAAGCGGAACUCUCUACAGCAACCCGGACUUUCGAGCGUGGCGAAAGACCGAUGACCUCAAACUGCUCAUUUUGCGUGGAUCGACCUCGCAGCCACCCAACACCGAUCUCAGUUGGCUUUCUCCUAGUGCUGUGCAGCUUAUCAAAGAUGCCGACGAGAUCUUCGGGGAUAGCGCAACACUUCUUCUACGCCAUUUCUGCAGGCUCAUCGAUGACUGGCACAACCGAGACCGAAAAAUCGUAGCUCAAGUCAUUGUUAGGAGCUUCAUCCUUCAGGUCCUGAGAGAUCCACGUAGCGAGUCCUUCUUCCGCAAUGACCAAGCGUUUGCAAAGACGAAGCGCGGGUUGGAGUCGGUCAACAAGAUCGACGAGGAAAGAGCCUCCGAGAUUACAAGCCAACUGUUUGGCAUAUUACGGGGUUUGUUGGAGACUUUCAGAAUUGAGCAGCUUAUCAUUGUUGUUGAUCGAUUGGACGAAGUCGCCGAUAACCUCGAGGUGUUCAUUGAUCCACUUUUGGAGAUGAUAGCACACAAUGACUGUAGAAUCAAAGUGGCAAUGACGUUGCGUACCCCUCGUGAUCUGAAGGAGGGUCGGAUGAAGCGCGUCUUGGGAACAGGGGGAUAUAAGAUUCUGGAAUUCAAUCAGGAUGAUUGA